AUGGUGGAAGUUACGCCUUCGCAGAAUGAAAAUCCGACUAAAAUAUUUUAUUUAUCCUAUCAUUGCGUGCUGAAACCGACUAGCUCAACCACUAAACUUCGUGUGGUUUUUGAUGGUUCUGCGGAAUCGUCGACAGGAGUGUCCGUCAAUCAAACCCAAAUGGUUGGUCCGACAGUACAGAAUGACUUGGUGUCGAUUCACUUGAAAUUUAGAACGUUCCAGUAUGCGAUCAGCGCAAAUAUUCCGAAAAUGUAUCGACAAGUUGGGAUCGAUGACGUUUUUUUGCGAAUUUUUUGGAGAAACAAUAGUGAUGAUGCCUUGAAGGUUUAUGCGUUGAAAACAGUAACGUACGGUCUCGCAUCAUCGCCAUUUCUAGCAACGAUGGCAUUGAUACAACUGGCUAAUGACGAAGAACAACGAUAUCCGCUUGCUGCAACGACUGUGAAGAAAUCUUUUUAUAUCGAUGAUAUGCUCGCCGGUGCGAAUUCUUUGGAAGAGUCCAUGGAGCUGCUGCAACAGGUGACCGGCUUGCUGAACGACGGUGGGUUCGACAUACACAACGUUUGCUCGAACUCAAAGGAGAUAUUGAAAAUGGUUCCCGAAGAGAAACGAGAAAAAUUUGGAGUAAUUGAAGACGCUGCUAUCAACGGCUUGAUGAAGACACUCGGAAUCGUGUGGAAUCCUGACAGUGAUGUAUUUACGUUCCGGAUUGCAGAAGCACUUCAAUCGACACAUUUCACAAAGAGGAUGAUCUUGAGCGAAAUUUCCAGAAUUUUCGAUCCACUGGGUUUCCUUGGUCUGGUGAUUAAAACAGCGAAAUUAUUCAUGAGGGAACUGUGGCUUCUCGAACUACAUUGCUUCUGUUACCUGCCAGACAUCCUGUGA